AUGAGGGAAACAUCUAAGGCACUACCAAAAUUGCCAGUACCAGAUCCUAGAAAUACGCUCAAGCACUUUCUGAACUUUGCUGAAGCACUACAGACAAGAAAAGAAUUCGACGAAACAAAGUCGGUGGUGAAUGAUUUUGUCGAGAAAGAACUUCCCACUCUACAAAAGCUGCUUGAAGAACGUGCCGCAAAACUCAAUAAUUGGUUAACACCAUGGUGGUUGAAUGUGGCAUAUCUAGAAGGACGGGCUCCACUUCCAGUGGUCACCUCGCCAGGACUGAUAUUUCCCCAGUUUCCUUGCACUGGGAAAGAAUUUCAAAGUGAAUAUGCUGCCAAAGUGACACAGGCAGCAGUUGAAUUUCACCUUAAGGUUUUAAGAGGUGAACUCCCUCAGGAUAUGUUCGGUAAGACACCGUUCGAUAUGAGUCAAUAUAUGUUCAUCUUUGGAACAACACGUAUACCAAAGAAGGAAUGUGAUGAGGUUGAUGUGGCCAUUUUUAUUAUAAGAUCACUGUCUCAAUUAUUCCUUUUUCACGACUUUCCAUUAAAUAUCUUUUCAAUUCAUGUUUCUUGUUGCUUAUUUAAUCACUCCGUCGGAAUUAUCUCAUCAGAUAAUCGAGACAAUUGGUCAGAGGUCUAUGAACAACUGAAAGCCCACCCUACCAAUUCUGUCAAUCUUUCCUGCAUUGAAGAUGCAUUGUUUGCUGUAUGUCUUGAUCAAGAAUUCAAACCUUCAGAAGGUUAUCAAGAAAAGGAUGAGAUGGCAAGACAAUGCUUACACGGUGGAGGUGUGAAGAGCAACGCGUGUAAUAGAUGGUAUGACAAAACUUUACAGUUUCUGAUAGGAAAAAAUGGUUUUGUUGGUAUCAAUUACGAACACACCCCAGCCGAAGGACCACCUAUAGCUACUAUGACGGAUUUUAUCUGCGAUAAAAUUUUCGCAAAUGACUUCAAGGAUGAUUCCACUACACCCGAAGUAGAAGUGCAGCGACUAGAUUUUGAAUUAAAUGACUCUCAGAAAGCCCAGAUAAGGAAAAGCGAGAAGCAGUUAGACUGGGUAGCCGACGAUUUAGAUGUGGCAGUGCACACUUUCAAACGAUUUGGCAAGAAUUUUCCGAAAUCGUUGAGGAUAUCUCCUGAUUCAUUCAUUCAAAUGGCAUUUCAGUUAGCUUUCUACAGGAUUCAUUCAACGUUGCCUCCUACGUAUGAAACUGCAACGUUACGAAAAUUUGCCGAAGGAAGGACAGAAAAUAUACGAUCACCGAACCUCCUGGCAAAAGUUUUUGUUAGAAAGUUUACUUCAAGCCACGUGCCAAUAGAAGAUAUUUAUGAUGCGCUUAAGGUUGCAGCGGAUUCACACAAGAAUUAUACUUUAGAAUGCAUGAACGGUGCUGGAAUGGAUCGGCAUCUUCUUGCCUGGAAUCUUCUUGCCGCCGAAUACGGUCUACCCAAACCAAGCAUCCUUCAGACUCCUGCCUAUCAGCAAAUGAGUCACUUCCAGGUGUCCACCAGUCAAGUCCCCACUCGUAACCACAUUCAACUCGGUUUCGGUCCAUCUGCACCGGAUUGCUAUGGUAUAUGCUAUAAUCCACAAGAAACUGAACUGCAUUUUACUGUAACCAGCUUUAAGAGCUACGGUUCUACAAGCUCCAAGCGCUUCGUUAAAGAACUGGACCGUGCUUUGGACGAUAUGAACUUAGCAUGCAGUAAAGCAAUGCGGGAAACGUCCAAGUUGUAA